CACAUUACGUCAUCACCGCGCGACCGUAGUCGAUUAUUAUUUACACCAGUGGAGUCCAAUCAACUACGAAUCUGUUCGCUGCCUAAUUGUUCCACGUCGUCCUUCUUUCGGUGAUAUUUCACCCCCCGUGAUGGCGCCGCAGAAGACCAUCCCGUGGUCGGUUAGCGAGGUGACGCAGUUCCUGAUGCUGGUGGCCGACGAGAAGAUCCAAGUGGAGCUGGACGGCACUCGCAACGAGAAGGUGUACCGCGAGCUGGCCCAGCGAAUGGCCUCGUUCGGCUACGAGAGGACCUUCCGCCAGUGCCGCGAGAAGCUCAAGAAACUCAAGAGCGACUACCGGGCCAUCAAGGACAACAACUGCCGCGGAGGCUCCAACCGCAAGAGCUGGAAGUGGUUCGGACAUAUGGACGCCAUCUAUGGACACCGGGACCGGGACAGCGGCAACCGCCUCAGGGACGACUCCAGUUUCCUGGAAGUCAUCAUCGCCGACGAGUUGAGCCCAACAUUGGAAAGCCCUACAUUGGAGGACAGCACUUUGAGCCCUAAAGGCGACUCUGCGGUGCCUCCAGAAUCCAUGCCCAUCCUGUCACAACACUCCGAGGUGGACUCCGACGUAGAAGAAGACGAUGAUGUCAGCGUUCCGGAAUUUUCACCGCCAAAGCGCAAUGGACGUCGGCGGACGCCGCGCGACUCUGACCUGGUGGCCGUCCUGCGCGAGAUUCACUCGGCCGAUGUGGUUCACCACCGCGUCGAGGAGGCGCAGCAGGAGCGCGCCGUCCGCCUUCAGGAGCUUCAGCUACAGCAGCGGGCUGAACACUUCCAGCUGGCCCUGGAGGAGAUGAGACUAUCCAGGGAGACGGAGGAAGCUCUCAGGAGACAGGAGCUGGACGCAACCAACGCCUUUAACCAGGCCUUCUUGGCCAUGCUCGGGAAGCUGGUGGAGCACUCUGACUCACAGCGACCAUGAAGAAAUGCCCCGACAAUAUGGUGGCGUGGACAAGAUGAUUGCAACAUUCGCAGGAGGUUGACGAAAUGCUGGGAUCUUUGAGGGAGGUUGACUACCAGUGCGGAUGACAAAACGGUGAGACCUUCCAAUGAGCUUGACAAAAUGGUGCAACGUUCCAGUGAUGUUACGAAAUGGGGGACGUUCCAGUGAGGUUGAUGCAGUGGCCUAACGUUGCAGUGACAAAAUGAUGGAACGCUCCACAAACUGACAUGAAGGAACGUUCUAGCGACGUUCCAUUGACGCACUGGUAGGAGGUCCUAGUGACAAAAUGGUGGAAUGAGAGUGACAAAAUGGUCAAAACAUUUCACUUAUUAAAUGGCGGAACGUUCCAGUGGCAAAAUGGUACAAAUGUUUCACAUAGAAAAUGGCAGAACGUUCCUUUGACAAAAUGAUGGAAUUAUUUCACUGACAAAAUUGUGGAACGUUCCAGUAACAAAAUGAUGGGAUGAUCAAGUGACAAAAUGAUGGAAUGUUUUCGUAAUGAAAUGGGAACUGUUCCGGUGACAAAAUGAUGGAAACCUUUCAUGUACAAAAUGGCAGAAGGUUCCAGUGACAAAAAAGUGGAAUGAUUCAAUGACAAAUUGGCGUAACAUUUUGUUGACAAAAUGGUGAAAAGUUAACUUGACAAAAUGGUGGAACCUUGCGGUGACACAGACUAAAUGUUGGAUCAUUCUGAGUGCCACUCGCAAAAUGGUGGAACGUUCCAGAGACGAAAUGAUGGCUCUCUGUGGAUUGUGCCACUAGAGAGUUGUAUUUAUACCGGGACGAUUGACAGCUGCCAAAUCACCUGAGGUUGACUCCAUGUUCAGCUCAUGGUUUUUAAGUCCAUCCCAACUGAUGGACAACUUGAGGAGGAAGUGCAAGUCACAAAGUAAACACAAGAGGGCAGCAGAGCACGUCCAUACACUUGGUUGCGACCUCAAAGCCAAAAAAAGAAUGAAUAUUUUCUUCUUUUAUUCAUGUGUUUACACUCACUGGACACUUUAUUAAUUGCAUUAGCACAAUAAGAUGCGGUGUAAGAAUUCUGCAGAUUGUCAUACAGUGCUCGCUUUUGAUUGACAUUUGUACCUAAUGAAGUGUCCAGUGAAUGUACUUCUCUGGUGUUACCGGAAUGAAUAUUGUAUAUUAUAGCUAUUUUAUUUGAUUAUUUUUCCGUCCAUGUUAAUUCUGCAUCAGGCCAAAGUAUGUAAAAAAGUUUUUAUUGUCAAAUGAAAAAAAAACCCUUUUUGCUCUACUUGUACAUGAAGUGUAAACACAAUGAAGUUAUUUAAAUAUGAA